GCAUGCGCUGCUGGCUAACGGCUCUGCUCAGCGCGAUUCUACUGAGAGAGGCCUGAGUGUGCAAGAGCUUGGCGAACACAGAACUUUUUACGGGUAUCGAGGCGGUGCAUGGACUGAAGAAGGGCGAGGGCGAUUGGGGAGGGGUGGGGGAUGGUGGCUGGGAAGGGCGAUCGGGAGGCGCGGGCUCUCUCUAGCAGGUGGCCGCAGCCAUGGAGGGGAUCUCUCCCGCCGCUGGCAACGUCGUGCCGGGCCCGGAGCGCCCGAGCCCCUUCAGCCAGCUAGUCUAUACCAGCAACCACUCCUACAUCGUUCACUCUGGGGAUCUUAGAAAGAUCCAUAAAGCUGCCUCCCGGGGCCAAGUCCGGAAGCUGGAGAAGAUGACAAAGAGGAAGAAGACCAUCAACCUUAAUAUACAAGAUGCCGAGAAGAGGACUGCUCUACACUGGGCCUGUGUCAAUGGCCAUGAGGAAGUAGUAACAUUUCUGGUAGACAGAAAGUGCCAGCUUGACGUCCUUGAUGGCGAACACAGGACACCUCUGAUGAAGGCUCUACAAUGCCAUCAGGAGGCUUGUGCAAAUAUUCUGAUAGAUUCUGGUGCCGAUCUAAAUCUUGUAGAUGUGUAUGGCAACAUGGCUCUCCAUUAUGCUGUUUAUAGUGAGAUUUUGUCAGUGGUGGCAAAACUGCUGUCCCAUGGUGCAGUCAUCGAAGUGCACAACAAGGCUAGCCUCACACCACUUUUACUAUCCAUAACGAAAAGAAGUGAGCAAAUUGUGGAAUUUUUGCUGACAAAAAAUGCAAAUGCGAAUGCAGUUAAUAAGUAUAAAUGCACAGCCCUCAUGCUUGCUGUAUGUCAUGGAUCAUCAGAGAUAGUUGGCAUGCUUCUUCAGCAAAAUGUUGACGUCUUUGCUGCAGAUAUAUGUGGAGUAACUGCAGAACAUUAUGCUGUUACUUGUGGAUUUCAUCACAUUCAUGAACAAAUUAUGGAAUAUAUACGAAAAUUAUCUAAAAAUCAUCAAAAUACCAAUCCAGAAGGAACAUCUGCAGGAACACCUGAUGAGGCUGCACCCUUGGCGGAAAGAACACCUGACACAGCUGAAAGCUUGGUGGAAAAAACACCUGAUGAGGCUGCACCCUUGGUGGAAAGAACACCUGACACGGCUGAAAGCUUGGUGGAAAAAACACCUGAUGAGGCUGCACCCUUGGUGGAAAGAACACCUGACACGGCUGAAAGCUUGGUGGAAAAAACACCUGAUGAGGCUGCAUCCUUGGUGGAGGGAGCAUCUGACAAAAUUCAAUGUUUGGAGAGAGCGACAUCUGGAAAGUUCGAACAGUCAGCAGAAGAAACACCUAGGGAAAUUACGAGUCCUGCAAAAGAAACAUCUGAGAAAUUUACGUGGCCAGCAAAAGGAAGACCUAGGAAGAUCGCAUGGGAGAAAAAAGACACACCUAGGGAAAUUAUGAGUCCCGCAAAAGAAACAUCUGAGAAAUUUACGUGGGCAGCAAAAGGAAGACCUAGGAAGAUCGCAUGGGAGAAAAAAGAAACACCUGUAAAGACUGGAUGCGUGGCAAGAGUAACAUCUAAUAAAACUAAAGUUUUGGAAAAAGGAAGAUCUAAGAUGAUUGCAUGUCCUACAAAAGAAUCAUCUACAAAAGCAAGUGCCAAUGAUCAGAGGUUCCCAUCAGAAUCCAAACAAGAGGAAGAUGAAGAAUAUUCUUGUGAUUCUCGGAGUCUCUUUGAGAGUUCUGCAAAGAUUCAAGUGUGUAUACCUGAGUCUAUAUAUCAAAAAGUAAUGGAGAUAAAUAUAGAAGUAGAAGAGCCUCCUAAGAUGCCAUCUGCCUUCAAGCCUGCCAUUGAAAUGCAAAACUCUGUUCCAAAUAAAGCCUUUGAAUUGAAGAAUGAACAAACAUUGAGAGCAGAUCCGAUGUUCCCACCAGAAUCCAAACAAAAGGACGAUGAAGAAAAUUCUUGGGAUUCUGAGAGUCUCUGUGAGACUGUUUCACAGAAGGAUGUGUGUUUACCCAAGGCUACACAUCAAAAAGAAAUAGAUAAAAUAAAUGGGAAAUUAGAAGAGUCUCCUAAUAAAGAUGGUCUUCUGAAGGCUACCUGCAGAACGAAAGUUUCUAUUCCAACUAAAGCCUUAGAAUUGAAGGACAUGCAAACUUUCAAAGCAGAGCCUCCCGAGAAGCCAUCUGCCUUCGAGCCUGCCAUUGAAAUGCAAAAGUCUGUUCCAAAUAAAGCCUUGGAAUUGAAGAAUGAACAAACAUUGAGAGCAGAUGAGAUACUCCCAUCAGAAUCCAAACAAAAGGACUAUGAAGAAAAUUCUUGGGAUACUGAGAGUCUCCGUGAGACUGUUUCACAGAAGGUUGUGUGUUUACCCAAGGCUACACAUCAAAAAGAAAUAGAUAAAAUAAAUGGAAAAUUAGAAGAUGAGAUACUCCCAUCAGAAUCCAAACAAAAGGACUAUGAAGAAAAUUCUUGGGAUACUGAGAGUCUCCGUGAGACUGUUUCACAGAAGGUUGUGUGUUUACCCAAGGCUACACAUCAAAAAGAAAUAGAUAAAAUAAAUGGAAAAUUAGAAGAUGAGAUACUCCCAUCAGAAUCCAAACAAAAGGACUAUGAAGAAAAUUCUUGGGAUACUGAGAGUCUCCGUGAGACUGUUUCACAGAAGGUUGUGUGUUUACCCAAGGCUACACAUCAAAAAGAAAUAGAUAAAAUAAAUGGAAAAUUAGAAGAUGAGAUACUCCCAUCAGAAUCCAAACAAAAGGACUAUGAAGAAAAUUCUUGGGAUACUGAGAGUCUCCGUGAGACUGUUUCACAGAAGGUUGUGUGUUUACCCAAGGCUACACAUCAAAAAGAAAUAGAUAAAAUAAAUGGAAAAUUAGAAGAUGAGAUACUCCCAUCAGAAUCCAAACAAAAGGACUAUGAAGAAAAUUCUUGGGAUACUGAGAGUCUCCGUGAGACUGUUUCACAGAAGGUUGUGUGUUUACCCAAGGCUACACAUCAAAAAGAAAUAGAUAAAAUAAAUGGAAAAUUAGAAGAUGAGAUACUCCCAUCAGAAUCCAAACAAAAGGACUAUGAAGAAAAUUCUUGGGAUACUGAGAGUCUCCGUGAGACUGUUUCACAGAAGGUUGUGUGUUUACCCAAGGCUACACAUCAAAAAGAAAUAGAUAAAAUAAAUGGAAAAUUAGAAGAUGAGAUACUCCCAUCAGAAUCCAAACAAAAGGACUAUGAAGAAAAUUCUUGGGAUACUGAGAGUCUCCGUGAGACUGUUUCACAGAAGGUUGUGUGUUUACCCAAGGCUACACAUCAAAAAGAAAUAGAUAAAAUAAAUGGAAAAUUAGAAGAUGAGAUACUCCCAUCAGAAUCCAAACAAAAGGACUAUGAAGAAAAUUCUUGGGAUACUGAGAGUCUCCGUGAGACUGUUUCACAGAAGGUUGUGUGUUUACCCAAGGCUACACAUCAAAAAGAAAUAGAUAAAAUAAAUGGAAAAUUAGAAGAUGAGAUACUCCCAUCAGAAUCCAAACAAAAGGACUAUGAAGAAAAUUCUUGGGAUACUGAGAGUCUCCGUGAGACUGUUUCACAGAAGGUUGUGUGUUUACCCAAGGCUACACAUCAAAAAGAAAUAGAUAAAAUAAAUGGAAAAUUAGAAGAUGAGAUACUCCCAUCAGAAUCCAAACAAAAGGACUAUGAAGAAAAUUCUUGGGAUACUGAGAGUCUCCGUGAGACUGUUUCACAGAAGGUUGUGUGUUUACCCAAGGCUACACAUCAAAAAGAAAUAGAUAAAAUAAAUGGAAAAUUAGAAGAUGAGAUACUCCCAUCAGAAUCCAAACAAAAGGACUAUGAAGAAAAUUCUUGGGAUACUGAGAGUCUCCGUGAGACUGUUUCACAGAAGGUUGUGUGUUUACCCAAGGCUACACAUCAAAAAGAAAUAGAUAAAAUAAAUGGAAAAUUAGAAGAUGAGAUACUCCCAUCAGAAUCCAAACAAAAGGACUAUGAAGAAAAUUCUUGGGAUACUGAGAGUCUCCGUGAGACUGUUUCACAGAAGGUUGUGUGUUUACCCAAGGCUACACAUCAAAAAGAAAUAGAUAAAAUAAAUGGAAAAUUAGAAGAUGAGAUACUCCCAUCAGAAUCCAAACAAAAGGACUAUGAAGAAAAUUCUUGGGAUACUGAGAGUCUCCGUGAGACUGUUUCACAGAAGGUUGUGUGUUUACCCAAGGCUACACAUCAAAAAGAAAUAGAUAAAAUAAAUGGAAAAUUAGAAGAUGAGAUACUCCCAUCAGAAUCCAAACAAAAGGACUAUGAAGAAAAUUCUUGGGAUACUGAGAGUCUCCGUGAGACUGUUUCACAGAAGGUUGUGUGUUUACCCAAGGCUACACAUCAAAAAGAAAUAGAUAAAAUAAAUGGAAAAUUAGAAGAUGAGAUACUCCCAUCAGAAUCCAAACAAAAGGACUAUGAAGAAAAUUCUUGGGAUACUGAGAGUCUCCGUGAGACUGUUUCACAGAAGGUUUUGUGUUUACCCAAGGCUACACAUCAAAAAGAAAUAGAUAAAAUAAAUGGAAAAUUAGAAGAUGAGAUACUCCCAUCAGAAUCCAAACAAAAGGACUAUGAAGAAAAUUCUUGGGAUACUGAGAGUCUCCGUGAGACUGUUUCACAGAAGGUUUUGUGUUUACCCAAGGCUACACAUCAAAAAGAAAUAGAUAAAAUAAAUGGAAAAUUAGAAGAUUCAACUAGCCUAUCAAAAAUCUUGGAUGCAGUUCAUUCUUGUGAAAGAGCAAGGGAACUUCAAAAAGAUCACUGUGAACAACUUACAGGAAAAAUGGAACAAAUGAAAAAGAAGUUUUGUGUACUAAAAAAGAAACUGUCAGAAGCAAAAGAAAUAAAAUCACAGUUAGAGAACCAAAAAGUUAAAUGGGAGCGAGAGCUCUGCAGUGUGAGAUUGACUUUAAACCAAGAAGAAGAGAAGAGAAGAAAUGCCGAUAUAUUAAAUGAAAAAAUUAGGGAAGAAUUAGGAAGAAUCGAAGAGCAGCAUAGGAAAGAGUUAGAAGUGAAACAACAACUUGAACAGGCUCUCAGAAUACAAGAUAUGGAAUUGAAGAGUGUAGGAAGUAAUUUGAAUCAGGUUUCUCACACUCAUGAAAAUGAAAAUGAUCUCUUAAAUGAAAAUUGCAUGUUGAAAAAGGAAAUUGCCAUGCUAAAACUGGAAAUAGCCACACUGAAACACCAAUACCAGGAAAAGGAAAAUAAAUACUUGGAGGACAUUAAGAUUUUAAAAGAAAAGAAUGCUGAACUUCGGAUGACCCUAAAACUGAAAGAGGAAUCAUUAACUAAAAGGGCAUCUCAAUAUAGUGGGCAGCUUAAAGUUCUGAUAGCUGAGAACACAAUGCUCACUUCUAAAUUGAAGGAAAAACAAGACAAAGAAAUACUAGAGACAGAAAUUGAAUCACACCAUCCUAGACUAGCUUCUGCUGUACAAGACCAUGAUCAAAUUGUGACAUCAAGAAAAAGUCAAGAACUUGCUUUCCACAUUGCAGGAGAUGCUUGUUUGCAAAGAAAAAUGAAUGUUGAUGUGAGUAGUACGAUAUAUAACAAUGAGGUGCUCCAUCAACCACUUUCUGAAGCUCAAAGGAAAUCCAAAAGCCUAAAAAUUAAUCUCAAUUAUGCAGGAGAUGCUCUAAGAGAAAAUACAUUGGUUUCAGAACAUGCACAAAGAGACCAACGUGAAACACAGUGUCAAAUGAAGGAAGCUGAACACAUGUAUCAAAACGAACAAGAUAAUGUAAACAAACACACUGAACAGCAGGAGUCUCUAGAUCAGAAAUUAUUUCAACUACAAAGCAAAAAUAUGUGGCUUCGACAGCAAUUAGUUCAUGCACAUAAGAAAGCUGACAACAAAAGCAAGAUAACAAUUGAUAUUCAUUUUCUUGAGAGGAAAAUGCAACGUCAUCUCCUAAAAGAGAAAAAUGAGGAGAUAUUUAAUUACAAUAACCAUUUAAAAAACCGUAUAUAUCAAUAUGAAAAAGAGAAAGCAGAAACAGAAGUCAUUGUGAGACAACUUCAAAAAAACUUGGCUGAUCUCAAUAAACAGUGUGUGUCUGAGGCUUCACUAGAGGUUACAUCACAUUAUCACAUUAAUCUCAAAGAUGAGAUACAGGAUUUAGUGAAGAAAUGAUUUCAAAUCAAAAGUCAAAACUCAUGAGAGACAAGCAGAGACCAGUAAGAAACUUCUUUUGGAGAAACAACAGACCAGAUCUUUACUCACAACUCAUGCUAGGAGGCCAGUCCUAGCAUCACCUUAUGUUGAAAAUCUUACCAAUAGUCUGUGUCAACAGAAUACUUAUUUUAGAAGAAAAAUUCAUUAUUUCUUCCUGAAGCCUACAGACAUAAAAUAACAGUGUGAAGAAUUACUUGUUCACGGUUAUAUAAUAGUAUAACACUGCCAAGGAGUGGAUUAUCUCAUCUUCAUCCUGUAAUUCCAGUGUUUGUCACGUGGUUGUUGAAUAAAUGAAUAAAGAAUGAGAAAGCCAAAAGCUCUGAUACAUAAUCAUGAUGAUAAUUAUUUCAAUGCACAACUA